UUUUUAUAUCUGGUGAGAUCCUAGCUAGAUAUGACGUUACCAAUUUCCCAUUCAAUAUGGCUCUUAUGAGUCCAACUUUCAUAUACCGACAAUCUAUGUUGAGCUCUCUGUCGCCAUCUAUUCAUUUUAUGUUCAUUAAAUUAAGUUUUUAUACGUUCGAUUUGUUAAAACAUUGGACCUUUUCUAGUUAUCCCCCCCUCCCCCCACUCAAAUUUGAAUAUUUACAUUAUCCCGUUAGGAUUCAGAUUGCGCUGGAAAUUAAAAUUUUAACCCAAACUGUAUGAUUACUAGUUCGGUAUUUUGAAACGUGGCGGGGUAUCUGAAAAAAGUCCAUCUUAUCUAUAGAUUAUCCAUUUUUGGCAAUUCUGCUACCAAGCAUUUAAUAAAUAGAACAAUACACUGUUAUAUCAAUGGGCAAUGUAGCGUAUAUGUAUUUUGUGUAUUCGAUUCGCUUUUUACAUCCUUGUCUGUGCUGUCUCAUAGUCCUAUACCAGCGAUGUGCAUCGCUGACUUCCGGGCCAUAAACCGGCCCGACAAGCCAAUAAGUCUGGCCCUUGACAAAACUCAAGAUUUUUCUCCAUCAUACAUAAAAUCCAAAUCCCACAGUUUGUUUAAAAAAGCGUUCACAUGGGUAAAAUACAUAUUGUUUUUUUGCUCAUGUUGCUGCAAUAAAUUUGUGCCUUCAUUAUUGUAACGCUAAGCAACAGCCGCAUUCAGCCUUUUGGUGUGGCCCAGCUGGAUGUCUGAAGUUGUUGAAAAAGAUGACACACACUUUUGUCCGAAUUAGCGACACCCACGAUGGUACUUAAGUGUACAAUGAAUAUUACAUAUUUUUGUUGUUUGAGACUCAAAUAUCAUUUCAUUCCCUUUUUGUGUUCAUUUUCCAGUUUAGCGUGACUGACAGCAUUUGGUACUUUAUGUUGAAAGGAGAUGUUUCUGGCAAGUCAUGCAUCUUUGAGUUUUGUUAGGAGAGUAAAAACAAGCUGAGAUAUUCUAAUUUUGAUCUCGGUAUAAUUUGAUUUUUAUUCUAACAUAUUAUCAAUGAUGCAUGAAUGACAGCAUUGAUAUUGUAUUGUUGGGACAGCCAUAAUUCUGACAGGUUAUGCAUAAAUGAUUUUAGGAUAAUACCAAACAGACCAGACCCAAAUAACACACUUUAUAAUUGCAAUUUUUUUGUUGUUUUUUGUUCGGAAUAAUGUGUUCCUAAUAAUUUUUUUCUGACUUUGUUCUUCUUUUCAUAUCCAAUUUUUUCUUUAGAAUUUAGCAGUAACCAUGACAACUGUUAAAAAAGCUUUGUGUUUGAUUGCAUGAAAACAAUUUUUGGGGAUUGUAAGGAAAAAGAAAAGGAAGAAUCAUGCAAAGUUCUGGGUUUGUGCCGCCACUGAUCAGUGGAGCCUGCGCUGGAUUCGCGGUCGACGUAUCAUUGUUCCCCCUCGAUACGAUAAAAACAAGACUACAAAGUCGACAAGGAUUCCGAAAAUCUGGAGGAUUCAGCGGAAUAUAUAAAGGAAUCGGACCCGUGGUAUUAGGAUCAGCACCUGGCGCUGCCAUGUUUUUUGUGGCAUAUGACACUUCAAAACGGUGCCUCAUGAGUUCAAAGUUUAUGUCACAGCAUGAAACUGUUUCAUACAUGAUAUCGGCAUGCGUUGCUGAAGUGGUGGCAUGCACAGUACGAGUACCGGUGGAAGUCAUCAAGCAACGCUCACAAACAAUGGCGAAUAAGUCAAGCUUGACAAUUUUACGAAAUACGCUAAAACAUGAGAAGUUUAAAGGACUUUUUCGAGGAUAUAAGAGUACAGUCUUACGAGAAAUACCGUUUUCUUUGAUACAAUUUCCGCUCUGGGAAUAUGCAAAACAUUCGUUAUCAAAACGAAAAGGCAGAGCAGUUUCGCCAUGGAAGGGCGCAUGGUGUGGUUUUUUCUCGGGAGGAUUUGCUGCUGCGGUUACCACCCCACUCGAUGUCGCUAAAACUACAAUAAUGCUUGCUGAGAAGCGGGAUCACGCUGCAGUAGGACGCAUAUUUCCAGUUUUAAAGGAUAUUUACCACCGGAGGGGCGCUAGAGGUUUAUUUGCGGGGGUCGUACCUAGAGUCAUGUGGAUUUCGAUUGGGGGGUUCAUCUUUUUGGGCACCUAUGAUUUAGUGUCAUCGUGUUAUAGGUGAUUUCUAAUCACUUUAGUUGAGAUUGCAAUUUGCUUGAUUUAGCCAGGGAUGCGAUUUUCAUAUUUAUCUCAGGGACGGAACAGUUGAUGAGACGACUUAAUUAUGAUAAAGGACUUUCGUAUUUGCCCGAAUUGAAUUAUUCAAAUAAGGUCAGACGAAAAUUUCAAAUUGCCAAUCUUAUUCUUUUUCAUACCAAAGGAUGAAUUCUUCAAUUUUUUUAUUAAAGCUAUAUUUUUAAAUGCAAUUAUGACAUAUGUUUCUUUUCUUCCUAGUGAAUUAUCAAUGAUAAAUGUUUCUCAUCGGGUGUGAUAACUCAGUAAACUGUCCAGUGAUGGGUUUUAUGAGCAAUUGAUUCAAUUCUGAUGUCAUCAGGUGUUCGUAAAUGACCAGCCCUACUUGAGGCAUAUUUCGCUUUGGAAAACAUAUUUUGCUUUGAAAAAUGCGGUCUUGUCUAAUCAUUCUAGCAGGUUAUAUAGUUUAACCCAAUCUCACCCUGCGAUGAGCCAUGAUGCAGCAUAGCAUCUACAUUUCCUGCAUUUCCUUUAGUUCAAUAUUCUGGCAAUUUAUGCUUCAUUGAUUUCCAUUCUUUGGAAAAACCUUGAAGCUUAAAUUAUUAUAUUCAAUCAUAUUAUUUAGUGAUGUGUUCGAAUUGUUGCAAUUUUGUAGCAAAUGUGCCUUUUUUAUUUGCUCUACAUCAGUGUUUCCCAACCUAUGGGUGGCGAUCCAAAAUUUGGUUGCUUGAAAAUUUUCUUAGGUCGCUUGUUUUUUUAACUAAAAACUGAACGUACUGGUUUUAUUUUCUUGUUAAUUUUAUUGUUUAUUUUAUAUUCGUAUUGAAGUGUUGCUCGAUAGUAAUGUGUAUGUGGAUUAUUGUGGAAAGUAUCACAGCGUACAAAAUUGGCAUCUGCUGUUAUUAGUCAAUCAGUUAAUUUUGUGACGAUUUAAGGCAUAAGCUUUACAUACCGCCUAGUAUUUGAGCAUAUCCUUGAUUGCUCCUUUGGAUUGCUUGAAAAAAUGGACGGAACCAC